AUGGCGGAAGACAAAUUUGUACGUGUCAUGAAGGACAAUUGGAUUCGGAACUGUCCUGUCACAGUAGGGGAUGUGCGGCGGUCCCACUCCAUCUAUGGACCACCACUACCACCAGUGAAGGGCCGGACUUGUAACCAGUCGUUAGCGAGAGUGAAGGAGACCGAUAUUGUCCAGAUCCCAAAGAGCAUGAACAAAGAUCUCAAAAACGUGACGCUUUGCGUUGACUUUUAUUAUGUAAACGGCGUCACUGUCUUUCAUUCCAUCUCUCAACGAAUUGACUAUCGAACUGUGUCUUUUCCAAUUAGCAGAACCAAAGGCUCCAUUGUCGAGGAGCUAAAGGAUAUCUUCAAACUCUACAAUGCCCGGGGUUUCCGAAUCACCAAAAUCCACGCAGACAACAAAUUUGGAAAGGUGGAAAAAGAUGUCUUGCCGGCCCGACUGGUCUGCUGUGAAGUGGACGACCACGUCCCCGAGAUUGAAAGGUCUGUUCAGACCAUGAAAAACGACAGUCGGUCAACAUGCCAUGCGAUGCCAUAUUUGUGCUACCCGAGAAUGAUAGUACGAGCCAUCAUCAAGACUGGAGUUGCUUUUCUCAACACUUUUGGAUCCGCCGAACAAAGUACGAAUGGGCUCUCGGCUUGGAACAUUAUUGAAAAUCUUCCACACGUUGACCACAAUCAUCUGAAAUACGAGUGCGGCGAAGGCAUGAAGUUGUAUUGUCCAGUCAGAUUUCUUGGGUCCAAAACGAUCGCUCCAAUGGUCCGACUUUUCAUUGUAUAUGAAUGGAGACCAGGACAACCGAUCACCGCGGAUGACAUCGUUGCACCUGCUGAAGCAGCACAAGACCCGCUAAUCUUGCCUGAACCUUUCGUCAUAAAUCUACCAAAUGCUGGGCCCAAUCCUUUCGUACCUAUUGAUGUGGAUGAUCUACCAGGAGCGGAUGAAAUUGAGACAGAACUACCGGACAAUCAAGAGGAACAAGGGGCGGAAACUCAAGGAGCGCGAGGAGCGGAAAUUCAAGGAGCGCAAGUCAAAGCACUGGCCGAAGAUCAAGGAGCGCAGAACGGCAACCAAGAGCAACCACAAGACGUGAUAGAAGAAAAUGAUGAAAACGAAGAUGACGAUUUCUCGGCAGAAGCGGACGUGACUGACGAUGAAACGGAAGAUGAAGCUGAUGCCGACGAUUUGGGAGAUACCGAAGAGGACCAGGCAACAGCGGACGAGACGGAGGACAGGGACCAAACAGUAGUAGUGGCAGCCAGUAAUCUGGAGGGCAAAGAACGAAGAGGAGGUCAUCUUGACAGGAACGAAGGAGAAGACUUCGGAAGAGGAAAGAGAGAAAGAAAACCCGCUGAAAAGUAUUCAGCAUUGCAAACAACAGAGAUCAAGAAGACCUCUGGAAAAGUAAAGAGAAAGGUGAACAGCUUUCAGAGGAGAAAAAGAGCCGCUCACAAUAAGAAAAGAAAUAAGACUAGCAAAAGUUCGAUCACGAAAAUAUCGGCAAAUAAAAAGAAGGCCAAAAGGAAAAAGAUUUCCUUUUCGUUUUUGAACAAGAGGUUUGAAGAUUUGGAAAAGGAAGAAAAGGUGGAUUUCUUCACUUGUGCAUGGGAAGAACACCAGCUCACCGGAAAGACACACCUGUUGGAGCGAUAUACCACCGGACUUGCGUUUGCCCAAAUGUCAGCCAAGCAGGGCAUCAAGAAGUACGACAAAGAAGCAGAACUGAAGCUAAUUGCCGAGUUCGCACAGUUACUAGAGUUCCAAGUUUUCCACGGAGUCAAAGCAGACGGACCCGACGGCAUCUCUUUGGAAGAAAAGAGAGGAGCCGGAGACAUGAUCAAUCUUAUUGAGGAAAAGAUCAAUAGAGGACACACCGAUGAGAAUCCAGUGCUAAGAGCUAGGAGCGUUUUCAACGGUCGAGUGCAGCGGGGAAUCUACACCAAGGAUGAGACAGCUUCUCUUACUGUGGAUCAAGAUUCACUUUUCAUCACCUGCAUUGUUGACGCGAUCGAGGGAAGCUUUAAGGCCACCAGCGACGUCAGAGGAGCGUACCUGAAUGCAAAGAUGAAAGAUCGAGUAAUCAUGCGCAUUUCGGGACCCGAAGUCGAUAUCUUCUGUGAUGUUGAUCCCAGUCUAAGGGAAUCUGUCACCGUCGUGAAGGGAAGGAAAGUGCUGUACGUACAAUUGGACAGAGCAUUAUAUGGCUUAAUCCAUAUGAUCUACGAUAACAAGAUCAGUCAUAUGAAAUUGGAGGUCGUAAAGGAUAUCAUUGGGAAGAUUGAAGCCAAGUUCUGCAAGAUGACGAACAAGUUCGGUGAAGAGCACGAGUUUUUGGGAAUGAAGAUAACAUACAAAGACGGCAAGGUGGAGAUCAGCAUGAAGAAACACAUUCAGAAGGCGAUCGAUAUGUUCAUGGAUCAUAUCAAGAGAGAGGCAACUUUGCCUGCCAAGGCCUAUCUUUUCGAUGUGAGAGAAGCUGCAUAA